AUGAUAUUUAACUCUUUUUCCUUUCCUUUUUUUCUGUCUUUUUUUUCCGAUUUUCUUUUUUCUUUCCUUUUAUUUUUUCCUUUUUCUUUUUCCUUUCCUUUUUUCUAUUUUCUUUCCUUUUCUUUUUCUGUCUUUUUUCUUUCCUUUUCUUUUUCUGUCUUUUUUCUUUCCUUUUUUUUCUGUGUCUUUUUUCUUUCCUUCCUAUUUCUUUUUGUUUUUUUCUUUUGUUUCUUUCCUUUUCUUUUUUCUGCUUCUUUUUCCUUUCCUUUCCUUUGUCUUUUUUUCUUUCCUUUCCUUUGUCUUUUUUCUUUCCUUUUCUUUUUCUGUCUUUUUUCUUUCCUUUUCUUUUUUCUGCAUCUUUUUCCUACCUUAAUCUUUUUCUUGUGUAUUUCGCCAUUUUCUACUUCUUUUUCCUUUCCUUUUAUCUUUUUCUUUCUUUUUAUUUUUUCUGUGAUUUUUCUUUCUUUUUCUUUAUCUUCUUCUUUUCCUUUCCUUUUUUGUGUUUUUUAUUUCCUUUCCCUUUCUCUGUAUCUUUUCUACAUCUUUUUCUCUCCUUAUUCCUUUUUCUGUCUUUUUGCCUUUUUCUACUUUAUUUUUCAUUCUUUUUCAUUUCUCAUAUUUCUGUGCACUUUUCUUUCUAUCUAUUUUUUUUCGUUCCUUUCAUUCUUUGGAAUUCUGGUUUAUUUCGUUCUUUAUUACAUUUUUUUCUUUCUUUCUUUUCAAGUUUAA